GUCAACCGUUACCAUUGCCAAUGAACCAUUCCCCCAACGAGCUCCAACGUUGCUUCGAUGUCAGCGAUGGAAUUACCCAGCAUGAACAGAAAAUACAGUGAUGAAGAAAAGUCCCAACUCAUCGCAAAUCUCAAUCUCGAGGUUGAACAUCGUACCCGUCAGCUCCGGUCCUGGCUCUCGGGUGGGCUUGAAAAUUUCAAGAUACACCAGGAAGGACAUGUCUCCCGAAUACCGAAGCAGGUUCGCGGGAUAACGAUGCGCGAGUUUGGUGAAAAGUACAAUGGAAAUGUGCAAGCUGCCUUGCGGGGAGUACAGCGAGAGAAGCUGGCUAGCGCAGGCAACGAUCCUACUUUUGGAGAGCUUGACAAGAAUAUGCGGAAGAGAAAGUGGCUGACGAGUCAGGACCAGGAAGCUACCGCAGAUCCGUCUGAGCCAAGAGCCUUGAAGAAUGCUCGCAUGGAAUCACCACAACGAAAACCUGGUUCAUCUACUGAUCCUGGUACGGCUCAACGAACGCGCCUUUUAUCGGAAGUAAUAAAAACGUCUAGCAAGUCCCAGAUUCGACCACUUCCUCGCGUUCCGCAGUCUCCCAGCCCUCAAAAAUCGAGGCCCCCUUUCAACGCUGGCCCCGGAGCCGCCUUCCAAUCCAAGCUACCUUCACCGAGUAAACCUAAAUCAAACAAUCCUCUCACCCGCUCUCGGGUCCCUUCACUAUCGACUUUCAACCCUGUCUUACCACCAAAAACGCCCGGUUAUCCAGGUAGCAAACCGCCAAAUAGCAAUGUGUUACGCUUGCCUCGAAGAGACGAAAGCAUGCUCAGUGUCAAUGGCUCACCAUUGGCCAAUCCCUUCGAAUUUGGCAUGAGGUGGGUCAAAGGAGCAAAUGGCAAUGCAGAGGAGACUGCACCCGGCGCCAACAAGCCCGCACUUAAACGGACGAAGAGCAAUAUUACUAUUUCUCGGGAUCCUUCAUUCAAUACAAAUAGAUUACACUCUCGGGCGCGCUCACAGAGCAGCUUGCGACCUUCGUCCUUCCAACCUUCAUCUACGGCACUUUCACAGACAAACUCUGACGCGACUCUUCCAUUAUCUCAACUAAGUCCCUCACAUAACUUGUUCACACCCACACGUUCACAGCCGACACCGUUCCCUAAGGACUCAGAUCCUCCACCACUUCAGCUCCCUACCUCGACGAGGUCUUAUUCAGUUACGAUCUCGACCAAAGACGGUCAUCUUUUGGAGUUUGAUCCUCUGCAAGCUUCGCCUGGUUCGCUUGAUGCCCUUGAAGGCAUCUCAUCCAGUGCUAAAAAGCAGGCGAGAGAAGAAAUGGGUCGGCUUGUGCAAGCUGCUGUUGACAAAUGGAAGAUACGUUGAGAGGCACGCGGUUGUUUUCUGUCUCUUAUUUAUUUUAUCCGCACACUUUUAUCUGCUCCCGAAUACCAUCUCUGCACUUGUAGAAACACGCAAUGCGCUGUAAUGUAUUAUUGUUCGUGUCCGAACAUUCCAAUUUUGUUGGCCUCGGUGUCUUAUUUUAUUACUUGGAUGUAUAAUGGUGCGGUACUACACGGAACGUUGCCUUAAUCUCCGC